CCUCUCUCUCACCUCCACUCAAUUCGGUGCUGCGUCGUCUCUUCUAUCCCCCACCCUCGGCGCUCUCCCCCGAUACCUAGGGUUUCAUCCCCUCCUCCGAGUCGAACCCCCUCUCUCUCUCUCUCUCUCUCUCUCUCUCUCUAGGGUUUGUUGUGCCCGAACCAGAUUGCGCCAUGGGCGAUUGGCAAGAGCUCGGCCAAGCGGUGUUCAUCGGCCUAAUCUUCGCCUUCCUCGUCGCCAAGCUCAUCUCCAUCGUCCUCUCCUUCAAGGAGGACCACCUCAAGCUCUCCCGCGACGAGAACGUCUCCGUGCCCUCGGAGAUCGCCGAGGCCGGGGGCGUGGGAGCCGCGGAUGCGGCGUCGGAGGAGAGGGACCCGUUGAGAGGGGAGAGUUUAUUAGGGGAGAGCGAUGAUAGCGACUGGGAGGGGAUUGAGAGCACGGAGCUCGACGAGGAGUUCAGCGCGGCGAGCACCUUCGUGGCGACGACGGCGGCCGAUCGGGCGGCGUCGGCGAAGGUCUCCAACGACGUGCAGCUGCAGCUCUACGGGCUCUACAAGAUCGCCACCGAGGGGCCCUGCACCGCGCCGCAGCCGUCGCCGCUGAAGAUGACGGCGAGAGCCAAGUGGAAUGCAUGGCAGAAAUUGGGUGCUAUGCCGCCAGAAGAAGCUAUGCUGAAGUACAUCUCAAUUGUGAAUGAGCUAUAUCCUUCCUGGGCAAGUGGUUCCACUAUUAAAAGGAAAAAGGAAGAUUCUGCCGCUUCUACCUCAGCUGCCAAAGGAUCGAUGGGCCCAGUUUUUAGCAGCUUUGUACAUGAGGAAGAGUCGGAGAAUGAUUUAAAGCUAGACCCCAUACACAUUGCUGCAAGAGAGGGAGCCCUGGAUGAUUUUCGCAAUCUAAUCAAUGGCGGUGUUUCAGUGAAUUUGAGAGAUAGUGAAGGGAGGACUCCAUUGCAUUGGGCUGUAGACCGUGGCCAUCCUGAUGUUGUCGAGGUACUACUUAAAGGAGAAGCAGAUGUCAAUGCUAAGGACCAUGAAGGCCAGACGCCGCUGCACUAUGCUGCUGUUUGCGACCGAGAAGCGAUUGCUCAGUUACUUGUAGAACAUCAUGCUGAUCGCGAUAUUAAGGAUGAUGACGGGAGCACGCCCCUUGAUCUGUGUCAAUCUGAAUGGGCUUUUAUGACUACUGCUAGCUGAUCUAAUUUUUCUUUUCUUUUUUACCGUGAAAUACGAGCAGGUUUUUAGCUUUAAAUUAUAUGUAUAUACCUGCAGCCUUGUAUGAAAAAUUAUCAAAAUUUCUUUCAGCUUGUAACUGAUUAUGAAAGUGAGUGUAGAAGGUCUAGGUUUCAAAUAUCAUAACAACUUCGUGGUUGGAUGAUACUCUUGCUGAAUUUGGAAACUGAUGUUCUUCAUAGAACUUGUAUGCUACAGUGAUGUGUUAUCAUCGAGUGCAUUAUCCUUGAAUA